AUGCUCAAUCAGUAUCUUGUUGGAAAGGCCAGUGAUUAUUUACCUAAUUAUAAAUCAACAUUAAGCUCUGAAACAGCUACCACACUGACUCAAGACGCCAAUGAUCCUGCCAAUUAUCAACAACCACUGUGUCAUCAAGUAGGUUUGAUGGGAAAGGAUUAUUUCCACUGGGUUCACAACACAUCUCCUGUUUACUUUAAAGAACCAGUUCCAUUAUUUCAAAGUGGGCUAUUAGAACCAUUGUCUCUUACUCCAUGGUAUGUGGUACCCCUCAUUUGGAUCCCAUUCAUUAUCUACAAUCUCUAUAUUUCCUCACAAAUACACAAUUCACAACUCUCUAUCAUGUUUCUGGGAUAUGUCACUGGAUUUUUAGCUUGGUUUGGUAUUGAAAUUCUCUUUCACAAAUUCUUAUUCCACUGGGAUUCACUAGGCAAAAUGGGUUACUACUUGACAAACAUUGCUCACUUCUUACUUCAUGGUUUCCAUCAUAAGGUUCCAAUGGAUAAGGACAGAUUGGUCGUUCCUCCAACAUUGAUGUGUGUUCUAUCUGCACCUGUCUAUUUACUUGUCAAGUUUAUACUGCCUUCCUAUAGCAAUUUAUUAAUUGCUGGUGCAUUUACUGGUUACCUCUUUUAUGAUAUGCAUCAUUAUUGGUUGCACCAUCAAACUAAUAUGAAAUCAUCACUCUUGAAUCCAAUUUCUUACUAUGUCAAUUCAGAUUACUGGAAGACACUCAAAUCACAUCACUUUAUUCAUCACUUUGAAGAGGGAGGUGACUAUGUGAACUAUGGUAUUUCCAAUAGAAUAAUAGACAUGAUGAUGGGUACACUGAGAGAAGAGUAUGCAAAAUAG